AUGCCAAGUCCAAGAUCAAAGUCCAGACAUCUUUACACACCUCGCCAUGAUGAAGAAGAGGAUCAAGACCAGAAGCCAACAAGUUUUGAGGCUGAUGUCGCAGAGACAAUUGCCAAGAAACAAGAAGAAGAGGAUAGAGAGAAAGAGAAACAAGCAACAAAAAGUCCUGAUUCUAAAAAAGAGAAAGAACUUGCUUCUUUCAACAGACUCAUUGCAAUUUCAAAUAAGACAGUUCGUGAGGCAUACUUAGAGUCAACUCUUGCGACAUUUGCAUCUACAGAACCUGAUCAGAAGGCAAAGCUUACUAAGUUUGAACAGCUCUCAAAUCUUUCAAAGAACGCUUCAUAUUAUGAUUUUAUUAAUCAUUUAGUCACAAAUCAGAUGGCACCAAGCUACGGCAAUUCUGAACUUCAAGAUGAAGUUGAAUCAUGGUGCAUGGACUCUCUUAUGCAACUUUCAGCUAAAGAUAUUAACUUUAUUAUUUCUGGUUUCCCGUCAACAGGUAAAUCGUCAACAUUAUAUUCACUAUCAACGAUUCUCUUUAGAAAGAUUCAACAAUCAGCCUCAAAUGGAACAUUUUUGUUCUUCCCAAUGAAUUUCCAAAAAUAUACGCUUGAAUUCAACUCAAUUACACAAAUAUAUUUGUUACAAAUACUCUUAAUGCUGCACGUUACUGCAAUUAUGCCAUUGCACCAUUUGUAUCAGUUUUAUGCCAAUGGUUUAUUUCCAUUCCAACAUCCACAGCUUUCCCUUCAUUCCCACAACUUCCAGAGCACGUACAUGGAAUUGAUUUCAAGGCAAUCAAACAGCUUGACCAGUCAAUUUUUGAUAUUUGCAAAGUAA